AUGGAGAACAGUAAACCCGUUAAUGGCCUCAGCAUGACUUAUGCAACCUCUGCGCCCGCAACCGCUGGUGGUCAGGCUGGCUCUCCGCCGUCCUGCCAAAACUGCGCAACCUCCACCACCCCUCUUUGGCGCCGCGACGAAUCUGGCGCUGUUCUCUGCAAUGCCUGUGGUCUCUUCUUGAAGCUACACGGACGCCCGCGACCCAUCAGUCUCAAGACAGAUGUCAUUAAGAGCCGGAACCGCGUCAAGACUGGCGGACCAGGUGGACGCAAGCGGACAAGCGACCAAGGUGGUCUUCCUGCCGCGCACCCCGAUGCUGAUGGCCAGCUAGCCCUAGCCCAGCACCGCCGCGCAUCUGGCAAGAUCUCUUCUGGACUGUCCGACCGCUCGCAAUCGCCCAUCUCCCGCACCGGUACCCCGAACUUCAACCACCCCUCCAACAUCGCACCAUCACACUUGUUCGAGCAGGCCCUGCAUGGCGGCGACUUCCACUCGCCCUCGCUACCAGGCUUUGGCAUUCGUGCUCCGUCCCCCGCCAACUCUUCGAUCAACGGCUCUCACCUCGAAGCCCCUCUCCCGUACGAGACUCUUGCCGCUCAGAACACUGCGCUCAAGACACGCGUCUCGGAGAUGGAGCUCAUCAACGAUCUCUUCCGCAACCGUGUUAGCGAACUCGAACAGAGCGAGCAGUCAGCACGACAGACGGAAUCAACCCUGAGGCAAGAGCUCGAGGAGACCAAGCAGCGAGAAGCGGACCUGAAGAGGCGGUUGGACGAGAUCGAGGCCGAGAGCCCGCGACACAAGAAGAUGAAGAUGAGCGAAUUCGUGGAUGAGAGCCGCGCUGGCACGCCCAUUAGCGCAAUGGUCGAAUAA